UGUUAUUGUCGUUUCUGAAAGUGACGCGUGUGACGCUAAAUACGUGGGAAAGAACGAUUUGAAAGUGAUUGACCCAACAACUCUGUGGAAAGGACAGAAAAUAAGGCUAUGGAUCAAAUAGAAACACCUCCUACAACAAAUGGAAAUGUCUCAGAGGCAGAGAGUUCGCAAAAUGUCGGACAACAAGAACAAUUUGCGACUGCACAAGACACACAACAGGGAACGUCUAGUAUUGUGCAAGCCACUGUAGUUCAAUCGCCACAACAAUUUUCACAGACUGCCGUUUCUGUCAUUCAACCAGCUCAAGCUUCGGUUAUUCAGACAACGACAUCAUCGGCUCAGCAAAUUCAACAAAUACCACAAGCCAUUCAAUUUCAAGGUGUAAUUACUCAAGAUGACGACCUAGACGAAGAAGGAAAAAAGCGACGCGAUAUUCUAUCACGGAGACCUUCGUAUAGAAAAAUAUAUGAUGACAUUUCUGAUGGAUCAAUAAAGGUAGAGGAUGAAAAUGGUCAAGUAAUGGCAAGAGUUGCUACCAUUCCAGGUAAUGUCAUUGGUGAUCAAGCAUCAACUCAGACAGUGACCAUUCCUCAAGGAAUUCAAAUAACCACACAAGGUGCAUUUUCUAAUGCAUCCCUUCAAACUGUUCCCAUAUCGGGACAAUCUGCUACAAUUGUGCAGUAUCCAACAGGACAAAAUGGUCAAGAGGGACAGUACAUUUAUGCUGCAGCACCAGGAGAUGUCGAGGUGAAUAACCAAAUGGGUAUCAAUAAUGGUGCUACUGUAUAUGCUAUACCAACAAGUCAAACAUAUGCAGUCCGUGGUUCUUUAUCUCCUGGUGCGGCUGUUGUGCUUAGUCCGAGCUCAAACCUUCAAUCGUCAUCCUUGGGUUCUGAGGAUGCUGCAAGAAAACGUGAGAUGCGUUUGCUAAAGAAUAGAGAAGCAGCUAAGGAGUGUCGAAGGAAGAAGAAAGAGUAUGUGAAAUGCUUAGAGAACAGAGUAGCUGUGUUGGAGAACCAGAAUAAGACAUUAAUUGAAGAACUUAAAGCUUUAAAAGAUCUUUAUUGUCAUAAAGGAGAUUAAUUAUGAGGCAAAGUAUACAGUGUUGUCUUGUUAUAUUAUGUAUUCUUGUAAAUAGUCACAUAUAUAAUUUAUAAUAUGUAUCUUGUGUUUCAUUCUUUCAUUAGCAUGCUUGUUCACCCUACUUCAUCAGCUUUUCAAUAAUAUCAACUUGUGUUUUGAGCACAGUUUUGAAUAAGAAUGCACAUAUCAUCCAAAAUGCUCAGAUAAUAGCUUUUUUGGUACAAAUAUUUGAAAGCUAGUUUCACACAGUGCUGAGUUGAUACCAUUAAAAUUUAUGAGAUAUUGUCUGUGUUAGAAGCUAUGUAAGAGAUAUUGUUUGGACUUGUAUAUAAUGUUCUAUAUAGUUGAAUCUUGUACUAGAUAAUUCAUCAAAGCUAUUCAAAACUAUGAUUUGAUAAACUUAA